UUAUUAGCUGUUUCCGAAUAAAAGUCUACCGAAGAUGCCGAAACGAAAGCGCAAGAUGGAAUUCGGGCCUAUCAGUACGACGAACAUGUUUGGCAUCGCGGGGCUUCAGUACAUUGCCCGUCGUGGUCUAUCAGUGUCAUCGCAAUAUCCGCUCACCUUUGAACAAGUUGGUCACGCUCACGGUUUGAUGUUGUACGAUGCGACUCUCACCUAUCAGCCGCAUGAGCCUAGCCAUGCUCAGUGUGGAAGGCAUUCGAGACAGCGGAUACGUCUACGUUGAUGGCGUUUUUGUAGAUUCCGUAUCCCGUGCGGAGAACAAUACCGCCGUGAUGAUUAAAGCAAAACUACACCAAGUACUGACAAUUCUCGUUCAUGACGAAGGCAGGAUUUCAUCCGGGAAAGGCCUGGGCGAAAGCAAGGGGAUUGUCUAUAACGUGACGUUGGACAGGAUCAUGCUGACAAACUGGAUCAUGCGGCCAGUCCCACUCACCAAUGCCAGCUGGCUCACAGAUUACAAUCAAAUGCGUUCAAUCCGAAAGCAGAUCCCCCUGAAAGCAGCCAGUUCAGCCUUCGAGGUGCGCGUCUUUGCUGCUGAGUUCGAGCUUCCUUACGCAGAGCUGUACGACACGUUCUUGAGACCUGACCAGAAGACGAAGGGUAUUGCGUUUCUGAACGGUUUCAACCUGGGUCGCUACUGGCCGGCCAGGGGGCCCCAGAAAACUCUGUACGUGCCUCGCACGUUGUUCAGGAAGAAGAACCUGCUUGUGCUCGUCGAGCUCGAAGGGGGCUUCUACAGGGGUGGCAAGCCCCCCGUCGUUCACUUCGAAGACAAACCAGAGCUCCACGGGACGGUACACAAGAUGGACGAAUAAA